GCUCCACCUGUGCGCUGUGCGUAAAGCUGCGCGAAAAAAAAAAUGGUACAAAUCCACAACAGAAAAAAACCACCCUUAUUCUAAAGCACAGCUGCUGUGGGGGAGGCGAGACUCUGUCACUCAAUUCAGUAAGUCAGUCAGUCAGUCAGUCACACCUCCACACUCCAACAAGCGGAUGCGUUGUACUUGUCUUUUCUAGUACUUUCUCAUUUCCCUCCUUCAACUACCAACCAAAUAUUUAGUUGUCAGAGGCGAACAGCAUCCGCCCGUUACAGAUCGAGGAGACAGACAAGAAAGCGCCGGGAGGCUGAACCUGUCUGGGCAGAACAGCGAUCUCCACGAUGAUCAGAGAGAAGGACCAGAAUCUGACCACGAUGCCGCGAAGCCCGAGCGCAAGUGACGAGACCGGAGGUGACGUGAGGAACGAAGAGGUUAUGUGAAGGGUUUUUGAAGCUGGAGCCUCUGGAGAAGCGCUGACUGUGCGGAACCUGCCACUGCGGUUUGACGGACGUUUGAGGACAUUGAGGAGACGCAUCAGUAAUCAGGCUCAGUAAGUUGAAUGACAGCCGCUGUAGACGAGAUCUCUUCUGAUGGAGUUUCCUCUGAGCAGGGCUCAGCUUUCCCUGUUAUGAAAACGGCCACCUGCACGCGGAAGUACAGCGGCGACAGAGCGAUCGGCGCUUGUGGCUACCUCGAGUCGAUCUGAACUUAACCAGAAAAGCGAGACUUAACUUUGGAGCAUAUUGAGGGGGGCGAGAUAACCGGAGGCAACCAUGAACAACUUCGACGAGAUGUCGGUGAAGUGCGUCCUGGUCGGGGACAGCGCGGUCGGCAAGACGGCCCUGCUGGUCCGCUUCACCUCAGAGACCUUCCCGGACUCCUACAAGCCCACGGUGUUCGACAACACCGGGGUGGAGGUGUUCAUGGACGGGAUCCAGAUCAGCCUCGGCCUGUGGGACACGGCCGGCAACGACAACUUCCGGCAGAUCAGGCCGAGGUCGUAUCAGCAGGCCGACGUCGUCCUCAUCUGCUACUCCGUGGCCAACCCCAACUCCCUGGCCAGCGUCCAGCACAAGUGGAUCGCCGAGGUCCGCGAGAACCUGCCCAAGGUGCCGGUGCUGGUCGUGGCCACCCAGACGGACCAGAGGGAGGUCGGGGUGCAUCGGGGGCGGUGCAUAUCGGCGGCGGAGGGGAAGCGCGUGGCUCACGACGUCCACGCCAAAGGAUACUUGGAGUGCUCGUCCUUGAGCAACCGCGGCGUGCAGCAGGUGUUUGAGUACGCCGUGAGGACGGUUGUCAACCAGGCCAAGAAACGGGCCAGGAGACGCAUGUUCAGCAUCGACCAGUGCAAGGUCUUUUGACCUUCGGGCGUUGGCUGAGAUGACUUUUUUUAGAGUGCUCUUCAAACUCGUUUGGCCUUGUAGAAGAGGCGCAAGAGCCCGAACUGCUUUGACACACUGUACGUAGGGUUCCUUUUUUCACUAACCUACGCUAAGACGCCCAUAAACUCAAACUUAAAACGUUAAGCUUUCAGCGAUCUAAGGGUGUUACUGGGAGGAAGGGUUUUUGUUCUUUCACAAAGCAAUUUGAAACGGGGCAUCGAAGGAUGGAAAUUGUUUUAUUCAGUUAAAGCAUAUAAAUGAUAAGCAAUGCAAUAGAGGUGUCAGAACAAACUGAACAAGUGCCUUUAUCACCACAAAUAAAAUGACACAACCAGGUUCCUUUCUAUGGCUGCACGGAGUCGUCACAGUGUGAUUUUCACUUUGUAAAGAUCAAACAAGGAAAACUCUAUUUAUCUCUACUUUUUUUUGUUUGUUUUUUUUGAAAGGAGAUGAGCAAGUAAAAGGUGCGAGCGUGUCGCUGUUUGUUAGCAUUGAUUUUAACUAUUAAGAAUACGAUAACGAGGGCGUCACCUCAGGAAGAAUCUGAACAUUACAGGCUGUACAUAAAGUGUUUUCUUUUAUUUUCUUUAUUUGAUGUGACCAGCAAAUAAACAGUUGGGUCGAGGAAGACGUCUACGGUCUAUAUAUUUCUCUAUUAUCCAUGUAUUUUUCAUGCAUCAUGUUAAAUAUAUUUAAAGUUUGACCACAUCAGUCAUCAGUGAAAUCGAGCUGUAACUGGACGUGUUCGUCUCAAAAAGAGCCGAGAAUGAAUUAAAGAGACUUAAAUAACGUCGCUCUUUGCGUUCGAUAGAUUUUUUUAUGCUACAUUUUGCUGCAGUUCACCUCAUUUUAGAAAACAAGACAAAACAGACCUUCUAACUACAUGACUUUACAGUAUUUAUCUUUAUUUUUUUUUGUGGGAGAUUAAUAAAAACAACAACUUCUUUUAAUUAAAACUAAAGGUUUAACGUAGUUUUGUUAUUUUUCAGUACAGGUUUUUCACGUGUACUUCGCUGUAGCUUUACAUUAAAAGGGCAACGAAACAAAUAAAAACAAAGCUAGCAAAUCAAAAAACGGGAAGAAAGUCUACUUGACUGACUGUUAUCUGUGAGCGUUACAUGUUUUUGUUUGAUUUAAAUUAGUUUUCCAUUUUCUUUUUGUUGGUUGUUGGCUGAAUGGUCCUGAAUAAACUAUAU